GGUCCCCCGGUGCUACUAAUGGCGAAAGUAGAGAGCAUUGGGAAUACUUGUAUUGCAGGGAGGCUUUUGGAUUUGUGAAAUGAUUCGUCUUUACUAUAGGCAAUUCCCGCCCGUGAUUCCCCCAAUCCUAUCCUCAUUUAUCCUUUUUCUUUCUCUUUUUUUUUUUUCCUUCUCGAUUUCGAAUAAAAUACUGAACUAUAAAUUCUUGAGUUUGCAUGUCAUUAAUCUCCACCAUUUCAUUAAACAAACACAUUCACAAUGCAUUUGCUUUGCUGAAUUUGAAAUGAUAUAGCAAACAAUUUGAGUUCCAUCAUUUUGUUUCCUAGUCCACCAAACGCAGUCAAAAUUUUUGUUCGAUGAAGAAACAAGGUUGUGAAAUUCAAGCAAUUGGUGUAAACUACGCAAUCACGAAGCCAAACGGAGAAUGCCCUUUAAAAUUGUUCAUCAGAAAACCAAAAAAUCUCCCGGAAGAAGGUGCAAAUUCAAAGGUGGAAGUCCGCCAUGUUCUGAAAGACAUUAACUGCACAGCCAAACCAUGGGAGAUUCUAGCCAUUGUUGGCCCAAGUGGAGCUGGAAAGUCUUCCAUGUUAGAGAUUCUCGCUGGGAAACUGAAACCCAAAACCGCUUCCAUUUUCGUGAACAAGAAACCACUUGAUGCAGCAAGGUUCAAGAAAAUCUCCGGCUAUGUUACCCAGAAGGAUACUCUGUUUCCCCUGCUCACGGUGGAAGAAAGUCUGAUGUUCACUGCCCGGCUCAGGUUAAGACUCCCUGAGCCGGAAUUGAGGUCGAGGGUGACGUCGUUAAUGGCGGAAUUGGGUCUCAGCCAUGUUUCUUCUGCAAGGGUUGGGGAUGACAGAGUGAGAGGGAUUUCAGGGGGAGAAAGAAGAAGGGUUUCAAUUGGUGUGGAAAUUAUUCACGACCCUUGUGUUCUUAUGCUUGAUGAACCGACUUCGGGAUUGGACAGCACGGCUUCGUUGCAGAUCGUUGAUUUGUUGAAGAAAAUGGCGGAAAUUCAUGGGAGGACGAUAAUCCUGAGUAUCCAUCAGCCGGGUUUUCGAAUUGUGAAGCUGUUCAAUUCGAUUCUGCUUUUGGCUAAUGGCAGAGUUUUGCAUCAUGGAUCGGUUGAGAAGCUUGGUCUCAGCAUGAUGGAGAUGGGAUUGCACAUUCCGGUUCAUGUGAAUGUUGUCGAAUUCGCCAUCGAAUCGAUUGAAACGAUUGAGGAGCACCAUCAGUUACUGGAAUCAGUCAAGAAAGGAGGAGAUGAUGAUCAUCAGGAGCAAUGUGGAAAAUCAGCAAAAAACAGUAAGUUUACACUAGAGCAAUUGUUUCUGCAAUCAGCUGUUAUUGAUGAUGAGAAAGCUAUGAAUUAUUCUAGCAUUCUGUUUUCGGAUGAAUUCGCGAAUUCCAGGUUCAAAGAGACCAUUAUAUUGAGCCAGAGAUUUUGGAAAAACAUUUACAGGACUAAGGAACUUUUUGCUUGUAGAAGCCUUCAGAUGCUGAUAUCUGGCCUAGUCUUGGGUUCAAUUUUUUAUAACCUCAGUCACAAUUUAGUUGGUGCUGAGGAAAGAGUUGGUCUCUUUGCAUUCAUCUUGACAUUUCUGUUGUCAAGUACUACAGAAGCUCUGCCAAUUUUCUUGCAAGAAAAGGAAAUCCUCAUGAAGGAAACCUCCUGCGGGAGCUAUCGAGUUUCAUCAUACGCCAUCGCGAAUGGCCUCGUUUACUUGCCGUUUCUGCUGAUUUCGGCGUCGCUUUUCAGCAUUCCUCUGUACUGGCUUGUGGGAUUACACAGGAGUUUCAUGGCAUUCUUGCAUUUCUUGCUCCUGAUCUGGAUGAUUCUGUACACAGCAAAUUCAGUGGUUGUUUGCUUCAGUGCUUUGGUCCCCAAUUUCAUUGUUGGGAAUUCAGUCAUCUCAGGGGUGAUGGGCUCAUUCUUCCUUUUCUCAGGAUACUUCAUAUCCAAACAUGGGAUACCUAGUUAUUGGAUUUUCAUGCAUUAUAUCUCCUUGUUUAAGUACCCUUUUGAAGGUUUCUUGGUCAACGAAUUCGCCGGCUCCGGCUGCUUGGAGAAGAUGUUAGGGACUUGUGUGGUGACCGGUGAGGAUGUGGUUAAGGAAGUUGGGGAUGGUCAAGAAAGUAGAUGGAGGAAUGUUGUCAUAAUGGUAUGCUUUAUUUUGGUUUAUAGGUUUACUUCCUAUGUCAUUCUUAGGUGCAAAUGCUCUCAAAGAGGACUCAAAGGCAUUCUCAUCUGAAGAACAUUCAGUUAUUUGCCUCUUUUCCUCUUUAAUUUGUACCCUUCUCAACCUCUGGUAACUAAAUUGUAUUGUAAUUCAGACACAUUUAUGUUUCAGAGCAAGUAGAGACGAUGUAAUUUCAGUCACUUUUAAUCAUUUCUUCUUCUCGAUGGAGACCAGGUUUGAACUUUGAAACUGAUAUAUUUUUACAUCUCCACUCAUCAGGGUUGUAAUCUCUACAACUACUUUAUCUUCUAUUCUUAACCCAGUACAUGUUCAGAUAUAAUUACUAAUUACAAAGUUGAUUGAUAGGUUUCCUUCAUUUAAGUUUCAUUGAUUACCUUUUCAA